AUGAAAAUUCUAAUAUUGUUUUCAUUUUUAUACAUUUUUGAAAAUCGCGCGGAGGAGGAGAUGAAAUUGAUUUACCGUAAGUUCGAAAAUUGGGAUGUCAAGAUUUUAUAUUGAUCAAAUUUGUUUAUUCAAAUUCGCCACUAGAAUUUGUCAUUUCUGUUCACUAUUUUAGAUUUCCAAGUCGAUUUUCAAAAAAAAAAGUCAUCUCAACGUCGAGUUUGAGAGGACAGUACUCACUCAGAAAGUCACUCUUUGUUUAUUUUUACUGAUAUCGAAAGUACUUCACGUCAUUUUGUUUAGAUCAAAAAUUCAAAAAUUAAAUUUUUGGAAUUGGUCAUCCUUGAUAGGAAACAAACACACUUUUAAAAAUUUAACGAGUGAUUUUUGAUUUUUUAACAAUAAAUAGGAAAGUUGAAAAAUUGGGUUGACACGUAAAAGCACAAAAUAAUACCAAAAACAUAAAAAUAUUUCAGACACUUGUGAUCCAGCCGAUCAAAAACGUCUCGAUGAUUUUCGAUUCUCAGAUCUCAAUUCAGUUUACAUCACAAAAAUGGGACAAUUCGAGCGUUUCUAUCCAAUUCUACAAAAGAGUAAAGAUGGAAGACAAAAUACAACAAAACGAUAUUUGACACUUUGUAAUGGCGAUGGAAGAGAUUAUGUAAAUAAAAUACGAGUUUGUUAUAGUGAUGGAAAAAGUUUGAGUGAAGAGUUUGAAGUUGAUAUGUGGACAAUGAAUGCGGCAAGUCGAAAAAAGAAAAUUGUAACAUUACCCGGUGCCAAGUUCGAUCAUUCAAACACACAGUAAGAUAUCUAGAAGUUUACAGAGAAUUUGUCUUUUAAAAACCCACGUGUCAGUACUUUUUUUGAAAUCCCAAUCUGAUUUAGCUGCCAAUGAGUACUGUAGCUACCAUUAUAGUAAGAUUUUUGAAAUGAUUAUUUUCAGUGUUUUUGAUAUUUGUAUGCCUGGAGGUUAUGGAACAAUUCUGAUAAUAGAUUGUUCUCAUCGAAAAAAAGCGGAAACAAAACCCAAAUCAGCAUUUGAAGAUGAUGAAGAGAAUGAAAAUGAAUUCAAACCGAAUGGUCGAUUGGCUUAUUUUCACCUUGGUUUUGGUGCAACUAUUGUAUUAAACGCAUUGGUGAGUGAAUUCCGAAAAGCUUUAUUUUCAAAGCCCUCUCUAUUUUAUUUCAGAUUGUGCUGAUUCUGACAACUAUUGUAAACAUUGAACCAAAGAAACCAAAGAAGGAAAAUACAUCCUUGAUGUUAACACCUCCAGAUAUCCCAGCAUCCCCACAGCCACCAAAAAAACCAACAACUCAACCGGCAUCAAAACCUCAAUCUACACCAAAAGCUCAAGUUCCAUCAACAACUCAAUCGACAGCAAAAACUCCAGAAUCUGCAAAGAAAAAGUAG